UUGUGCAUCACACUCUGGAGGAAACCCCCCCCCCCACACACACACGCACGCAGAAACACACACGUUCAGAUUUGGACUAUGGCUUCCACCACCUCUGGUGAUGUUCUUCCCACCGGCGCCAGGAUCUUCAUCAGCUUUCCUGACCUCUUCUUCAUCCCCGAGUGGGUCAUUGGGGGUUUGGUGUGGAUCCUGGUGGCCUCGACCCGAGUCUUCCAGGAGAAUCCUCUGGGCUGGGUCAUGUUCGUGUCCGUCUUCUGCUUCGUCGGGACGACUCUGUGGCUUUUCAUCUUCGCCUGUGGAGGCAAUCAGAGCAGCUUUUGGCCCGGCCUGGAUGCUGGUUUUCAUUUUGUGGCUGCGGUUUUCUACCUCAGUGCGUCGGUGGUGUUAGCCUACAUCACCAUUCUGAUAGGGAAAGGUUCAACAUUUGAUAUAAACCUACUGAAGACCUACCGACUUGACAUUUCUGCAGUGGUGAUGUCCCAUGUGGCUACUCUCCUCUACUUCCUCCACGCCAUUUUCUCUGCCAUCCGAUGGAAGAGAGCCUGAAGCACAACCUGAACCCCUCCGGACGUCAAACACAAGAAGAGGCGCAGAAUAAUAAUGAAAUAUGUGAUGCACGUUUGUUUUUCUGUUUCGUUAAAGCAAAUGGCUAAAAAAAAAAAAAAAAGAAAACUAAAUUGAUGGAACCCAUUAUGCACAAUAUAAGUUACUGUUUUGAUACGAUAAGCAGCCAUUUAGACUAGGUUUGUGUGAGAUAAACCGGAGUGACACUGCUGAUAUAAGUACGCAAAAAAUGUCAUUCUUUUGGAAAAAUCCAUUCAUUCAGACAGUCUGUGUUGUUUAACAAAUAGGGGGAAAAAAGAUUUUCAAUGUUUUCAUUCCAUCUAACAUUUCAUGGCAUUUGACCUUCACAAAGCAGUUUUUUUUUUUUUACAGCAGCAGAAACCUUUAAAACUAAACCAGAUACAAUUUUAUCAUUCACUCCAGAUGUUUUGACGUUGCUUUUCUUUUUUUCUUUUUUUGUCCUUAUGAAAGCAAGAAAGUUACUUUUCAGGUAUUUCCCUUAUUAUUUCAUUAACUGGACAUCUAACACUCUAGAUAUGUGACACAGGGGUACCAGGACAACAUAAAGGUAAAAUCAAGGAAAAUUCUAAUAAAUUACUACUAUUAUUACUACUAAUACUACUACUAAUAAUAACAAUAGUAAUAAUAAUGACAACAUAAAUUAGAGUCAAAUUACAGUGGUCAAAACUUGUGUGUUUUUGUUGUUUCUUUUUUUUUAGAAAAAAAAAAAACAAAGUUUGAUGUCUGACACAUUUCAUAAUCUAUUUCACAUCCGUCACGGUCAAGUCGACUGUGUUUGCUCUUUUUGUCUGUUUUCUUAACAUUUUAAAUGAGGAAAUCAUAAAACGAAUAAAUAAAAAUGAAAUUUAAAAAAAUGAAGAGAUUAGUUUAUGAUUCACUUUUUUUAUUCCGUUCCUAGAGAACAAUCUGUGUGGUUUCCCAUUCUUAUGCGCUGUGCUGUGGAAUAAACGUUGAGAUUUUGAGAUCGUAAAUAAAUGAUUUCACUUUACAGGCAUGUUGAUAAUCUUUGUCACAACAUAAAUAGAUUGGAAAUUAGAAUAUCUGUUGGUCUGCUGAUUAAAUGAAAUUUAAAAACAA